ACAAAGACGAAAGAACUGAUUCGAAAGAAAAAAUUCAUUGUUGAGCUUAACAGGAAACUGUUGGCAUCUCCGUUCAUUUUGCAGGUUUUAGAGACCGGCGCUUGAAAUCUAAGGUUAGUUAGAAGAUAUUUCUUGUAUUUUAAACUGAAAUAUUUACGUUACAACAUUUCCAGGGGGAGUGUAUCUUGUCGGGUUUUAGUCCAUAAAACAUCACAACUGUGGGUUGAGUGAAGUACAACCAAACACUGUAGUCACCGGCACUGCGGAACUCUUUUCUUUUGCGAUAUUUUAUGCAUCCGGCAUGGGACGAAGCCAGAUUAUCCCCCGAGAUUAUCCUCUGUUUCCACAUUAUGUAUAAUCAUGAUAUAAGUUGAAAACAACGCAGAGCUAUAACAAAAUUUUGGGACGAAAAGAGACGAUGUUUUGUAAAAGCGAAAAAAAUACAAAUUAGUAUUUAUUAUUUUAUAUUUGAAAAACUAAAACAAAAACUAAAACAUGGUCAAUAGAUCACUGAGAUCACCCAUGAUUCGCGAAUCUAGGGCAAAGAAAGAGACCUAAAAAGUUAAUCAUUUGCAUGAGAUAAAAUGUAAUUUGUGUUCAUCAGGAUUGACAUAAAUUAAUAUUUUGCCAAUGGCACGGUACGGAGAACUGGGGUUAAGUGCUGCGCGCGAGGUAUCGCAAUUUGGGGGUUUGAAAUAGUUACUGUCUUUCUAUGGUCAGCCUCACCGCGUCAACUUGUGUUGUUAAAUUUGGUUUUUGGUUUGUUCUGUUAGGCUUAGUUCGUUUCGCAGUUGUAAUAUGACGUAUACUUCUUAGUUGCUGUUAUUAUCAUUAGCCUUCGGUUUUCUAUACAUGUUACAACGGCUUCAAUUAGAUUGGCUUAAACACCCAAGGCGACGCCACAGCAUUGGUUGGGGUUACACGGUCCCUAUUUUUCCUGUAUUUUUUUGGGGGGGGCUGAGGGGGUGGGGGGGUUUACGUGCACAUCCGGCUGUGACGUAUUCAUUUUACUGUAACGAUGAUAUAUAAUGCACGUAAGCUUAUAAUUAAAAAUUAAAAGUGUGCGCUGGGUCUGGCUGAACCGACGCGCCCAUGCAUGCCUCUAUGUCAUAUUGUUUGUUUUUGUGUGUUCGAUCGGGUAGUGGAAGCAAAAUACCGGAUUUUUGACGAAAUGUAUGGGGACACAAAGAGGUGGUAAAGUCAAAUACGGAAGUUUUAAAAGGACAUCUGAGUUUGACUUGGAAAUCGGUGUUUGUUUUGUUGAAAACUGGAAUUUGUUUUCGAAAAUCGGAAUUUAUUUUGCAAAAUGGGGGCUUUGUUUUCAAGAUUUUGGCCGAUUGCAAGAUUUUAGCUUUCCAAAAUCGUGAAUUCAAGAUGUUGGCCGAUUUUAAGAUUUUAGCUUUCCAAAAUCCUGAAUUCCAGAUUUUGGCCGAUUGCAAGAUUUUACCUUUCCAAAAUCGUGAAUUCAAGAUUUUCGCCGAUUUCAAGAUUUUAGCUUUCCAAAAUCCUGAAUUCAAGAUUUUCUUAGAGAGGUUCAACUACUGUAUUGUGAAACUCCAAUUUUCAAACUCCGACUUUCUUAAACAAACUCCCUGAUUUACAAACGCUGAUUUUUGAAAACAAACUCCGAUUUUCAAACUCCGAGUUUUGAAAACAAACUUCGGUUUUCAAACUCUGAUUUUCGGAAAAAAAUUGCCAUUUACAACUCUAAUUUUUGAAACCAAACUCUUAUUUUCAAACUCCGAGUUUUUAAAACAAACUCUGAUUUUCGAAAAAAAAUUCCAAUUUUUGAAAACAAAAAAAAAAACCAACGAUUUUCAAGUCAAACUUAGAUGUCUCUUUGAAGCUUUGGAAUGAGAACGUGGCACAAAAAAGUUAAAAGGUACCGGCUGUAGCGUGUAACUGAUUGAGUGGGUGCUGAACACACUUCUUCAAUGAAGUGGUAAGCACGGCUGUCGGCCGCGCGAGCGAGCAAGACCGCAAACCUAAUCUGCACAGGGACAAAAAUUUUCGAUUUCUACCCACGAUCAUGCGUCUGGAUUUUUAACCACAAUGCACCGGAUUUUUACCACAAUGCCUUGCGCGCCCAAUGUGUCUGUGAUGAAUUUCUUUUUCAUGGCAUGAAUAGCAACGAUUACUUCACACUGCAUGUGCCGGUGAUUACCUUCUUGUUUAUGUCUGCCGCUAUCGAAGAGUCGAAAUCUCUCGAAGAACGUAAUGUGUGUUUGUUUCGUAAUUCUUUUAAAGUCUUUUUGAUUAUCUUCUACACCUGUGGUCUUAUUAAACUAUCAUUUCACAAUAAUUCUAGAAGAUAAUGUUAAACCAGUGUAAAACUUUUGCUGACUGGACAAACACUAUAGGCAUUUUGCAAUAGUUGGUCACGUGAUCAACUUUCUGUAAACACUAAAAUAGCGCGCUUUUGAUAAAGUUUGUUAGCAGGAACUGAAAGAGCGUAUUAAAUUGGUAACCUGUAAAUUUUCUGCCGUAUAUCUCAAAAGUAGCGAUUGAAACGGCCGCUGAAUAUUAGGGGGAUUUGUAUAAGAAAAACAACUCUUGCCACCUAGCUGUCAAGCUUAAGUGGUUUUCCAUGCAUACAAAUCGUUGUAAAUUUUGAAAUUUUUAAACUUGUUAAAAGAGAACUGUUUUCGGGCUUACAGAAAGUUGAUCACGUCGGGCUUACAGAAAAUUGAUCACGUGAUCAACUGGUGCAAAAGGCCUAUUGCUUCACAAACGCUACACACAAAGGAUUCUAAUUGCGCUCGCUAGCAAACCUAACAAAUUGGACGAUGCACCAGGGCAACAAUCUUUUACCUGUUAGGUACACUAGUUAUAGUUUAUUUGGCUCAAAUCACGUCUGCCAUUAUAGCAUUCUACUUAUGAAAUGACUCCUGGGUUCAAACCUUUCAUAUUCUGAAACUAGCACGUAGGGCUACUUAUUCGAACUUAGAGGGGCCCUGGUAACGAGUUUACGGAAUUUCAAAAAUGACGUAGUAAUUUGAGGUUGUUAAUAAGUAAUUACUUCAUUUCGUUUUUUUUUUUUUGCCUUAGAAAAAUGUCAGAUAGUUUUAUGGGGAAUUAUGCACCGUAACAAUGAACGUCUCGCAAAAACACGAGGAAGCAAGAAUUGUCCCAUUCGCCUGUUACCAGCAGAUAAAAUAGUGGAUUUUUACCAGUGGUAUGUCACAACGGAUGACAUCAGACAAGAGAGUACCUAGGAGCGCGUGCGUGAGGCAUUUAGAAUUUGCACGCUUUAAAGAAACUGGUAGCGACUGGUGUUUUGCUUCGAAUAUUGACAAGAAAAAAGUUCAUUUUCCUGCUACAGUCCUAUCACCCUCGAAACAAGGUGCAAAACCAACAUCCAGAAUGUCGCGAGAAGCAAAAGUCUAUCGUUCUUUUUUGAGAGGAGAAAAAAUGAAUGAAGAAAGUGAGAUUUCAAGUGGAAAGGAACAGACCUACCACUUAGGAAAAACAGUACAGUCUAAAAGUGAAGAGCAAAUGACAAAAGCUUCAGAAGAGAACUUCACUUCUCGCUGCAAACAUAGUGCGGCAGUGAAGAGAUAUGCUCUUUACAGAGGAAUGCUAAAUCAGUAAGUUGCAUGUAGAGUUGUUCCGACUUUAGGUUGUAAAUAGCUUGCGUGGCAGGCUUUUGAAAGGAAAGAGGAAGGGGAUUCCGGCAGCGCGAGAAGCGAGAAAGGCGCAUGACGGGGAGUUCCCCUUCUCUCUUAUUCCUCCAGCGCGGUAUCCCGACCAAAUUUCCCUCCCUUUCGACGCCUGACACGGAGGCUAGGUUGUAAAGAAAUAAUUCUCCAGCCAGUUGUAAACAAUGUUAUAACCGGCAGCAAAUGUAGUUGCCAGUAUGCCAUAUGCAGUGCUGGAAAGCUCUCGACAACAAGACACAAAUUGUUACCAUAAAGCCUUACUUUUGAUUGGUAAAAUUUGAGGCGAGAGACAGCCUCGUUGCCAUUUUUAAAGAGAAAAUCCCUGGGACCUACACUGAGAAUUUUAUGGUUAGCAGACUCAGAAACCCAGUUUAAAACAUAUUUUGGAAGCAACUUAGGUUCACCGGGUGGACAAGGCCUUUCGGGGCUUGUUAGUCACUCUUUAUGUAAAAUUUUGCUCUCUUUGUUUUUUUCUUGUUUGUCGUAGAUCUAGAUCAAGAUUUCAAGAGGACCACGAAACAAAGAAGGACAUUGGAAAUAAGAACAAAGUAUUGUACAACAGAAAGAAAAAAAGGAAUAAUAUGACUGACGUAGAUACUUCAAAAAAUGAGAGCCACCGCAGUUAUGAUGUAAGGUCAUCUGGAAAUGUGAGCCUGGAAAGUAGCAUGCGGGAAACGAUAAAUUCGAGAAAGAAGUGCGACGACUUACUUGGAUCACAGGUGACAAACUAAACUACUUACCUUCAACUAUGUGACAAAAAAAAAUACGUAUUCAGGACGUGCAAAAGACCAUUUUACAGUUGUUUGCUUAGCCUCUUGGCCUAUCAUGCGCCCCAUAUUCUUUAUACGCGUCCUCGACAUAGUGCAAUCGUGCCCCGGCAACACCUUUGUCGUUCCCAGAGAUUCAAUCCUUUUGGACGCUGAUCAAAAGGAUCGAAUCUCCGGGAACGAGAAUGUGGCAACACGGGAGCAUGCAAAAAAGGUGUAAUUAACACCGUAGGAAUCUGGUCAUGCAGUUUUACUAAAUUGGCCGUAAAAAAAUCCCAAUCAGAUCAGUUUGAAAACUGGUGACAAAGUAUAAAAGGAUUAAAUUAACUGCAAAAACCGUGGACGAAGGUCCUGCUAGUUUAAACGUUGGAUCUCUAGAAAAGAGAUCUAAUCAGCCAAAAUAUAAAGAACCAAAAAGGAGAAGUCCAAAGACUACUGCAAAACUGAUUCAGAACAACGUGUAUUGUUUUUUUCAUGACAAUAUUUCGGCUGGCCAUGCCAGCCUUCUUCACAGAUGUUACUGAACUUAUGUAAGAAUCACAAUAUCAAUAUCAGACAAGCAUCCCCACCCCUUUCAUAUGCGGAGUCCCUCCCCCGGUCUUCACGUGACUCAGUUCGUAAGGCCCGAGAGUCGCAUUUGAUAGAUAAGGCCAUGACUCUUGAACCUCAUGGCCUAAACCGCCGUGACGAAUUGUUGUAAUCUAUAUCCUUAUUGUUUUUUUCUUUCUAGUUUUUGUGUUGUACGUCAUGUCCGCCUCUGCUUUUUAAACAAUUUUUAUUGCGACAUUCUCAUACGUAUUAAGUUCAGUAACAUCUGUAAACCUGAAGAAGGCUGGUAUGGCCAGCCGAAAUAUUGUUUUGAAAAAACAAUACACGUUGUUCUGAAUCAGCUUGGCAGUAGUCUUUGGACUUCUCGUUCUGACAAAGUAUAGCCUUUCAUGUCAGAAAAAAUAAUUAUUGGAGGGAAGAGAAAAAAGCUCCAGUUGAAAUUUGUGUACUACACUUUCAUUGCAACGGAAUGUUAUCAUGAUAUUGCAACGAAGAGGAACUUUGUCAAUUUUUUCUUGCUCCGGUGGAUACCCUCACAAAAGCCUAACUUAAGAUUCAGAUGUGACCUCUCUCCUCCUCAUGUAGAGGCUCCCGCUGAGAUGUGACGGCAUUUCAAAUUCAAUUACCAGUUAAGUAGUACUUCAAAUAUAACUAUUCUUAAAACAACCAAACAAUCUAUUUUUGUUUUAGGGUCCAACACGUAUCUACAUCCGGGAGAUUUCAAACGGUGCAUAUGUGGAUGAAAUCGUAGAUGUUAAGAACGAGAGGGAAUGGGAACUACUUAAUUAUAUGGCCCCGUUACGUCACAUUUCUUCGCAGCCAGAAGAGACUUCCUAUAGCCUACGUUUUCAAGAUCUUAAAAACUUUGAUGUUUAUUAUUAUCCACUUCCAUGGAGAUAA